UUGUCGCAUCUUCAAAUUCCUCGCUCCUCUUCCUCCACCACACACGUGCGCCCACAACAUCACUAUUCGCACGUCAACAAAGCUACCAUCAUGGGUCGCAAAUUCAGAGGAGGAAAGAAGGGCAAGGGAGGACGCGGUGGCGCUCAAGGUGCUGACCGUGGCCGCCAGCCUCGCAGCGAGUCGUGGCAGUCGUACCCCGCCGUCAAGAAGGAGAACGAGAGGCUUCAGCGUUACUACAACACCAUCAUUGGUUUGUCGGAGGAGGAGCAGGGUCCCUUCUGGGAUGCGCUGCGCAGAGAUCUGCCUAACAGCUUCCGCUUCUGCGGUUCCAAGGGCCACGCCUUGGCCGUGAAGAAGCUCCUCCAGAACCGAUACAUGCCGGAAAUCGUCAAGAUCGAACACGCCGAUGGCCGCCCCGUCGAACCUCCCAAGCCGCUCGAGUGGUACCCCAACGAACUCGCUUGGUGGAUGACCACCCCGAAGAACGUCAUCCGCAAAUACGCGCCCUUCUCAUCCUUCCAGAAGUUCCUCGUCUCCGAGACGAGCGUUGGAAACAUCAGCAGACAAGAGGUCGUCUCCAUGAUCCCUCCUCUUCUGAUGGACAUCCGCCCCGGCAUGACUGUUCUUGACAUGUGCGCUGCUCCCGGCAGCAAGGCCGGCCAGCUGCUCGAAAUGAUUCACCAGGGCGAAGAGGCUAGAGUCAGGAAGGUUCUGCGCGCCAAUGCGAAGGAGGACGGACUCGACCUCGGCGUGGAAACUGAGGAGGAGCGCCAGGCUGACCUCGAGGCCGACCCCUCGGAUUACGGCCGCACCACAGGCCUGUUGAUCGCCAACGACGCCGAUUACAAGCGCGGACACAUGCUUGUCCAUCAGCUCAAGCGCCUUUCGUCCCCGAACCUGCUGGUCACGAACCACGACGCUACCCAGUACCCCUCGAUCAAGCUCCCCUCCGACCCCGCGACCCCGACCAAGCCCGCAUACCUGAAGUUUGACAGAAUCUUGGCUGAUGUGCCCUGCUCUGGUGACGGAACCCUGCGAAAGAACAUGAACUUGUGGAAGGACUGGCAGCCCGGUAAUGCUCUGGGUCUCCAUGUGACCCAAGUCAGGAUUCUGCUGCGCGCUCUCGCCAUGCUCAAGGUUGGCGGCCGCGUCGUCUACUCUACCUGCUCCAUGAACCCCGUCGAGAACGAGUCCGUCAUCGCCGCAGCCAUCGACCGCUGCGGUGGCCCCGACAAGGUCGAGAUCGUCGAUUGCAGCAACGAGCUGAAGGGUCUCGUCAGGGCCCCUGGUAUGCGCAAGUGGCAGAUCAUGGACAAGUCCGGCAGGUUAUGGAGCUCCCAGGCCGAGGUUGAUGAGUACACCAAGUCCAGCGCCGACGGUAUUGCUCCUGGCAGACUUGUCGAGACCAUGUUCCCGCCCGUGGAGGGCAGCGUUUGCGCCGACCUCCCUCUCGAGCGUUGCAUGCGCGUCUACGCUCACCAGCAGGACACCGGCGGCUUCUUCAUCACUGUCCUGCAGAAGAAGUCCGAGGUCAAGAUCCGCCCCGAGGAGCAGAAGACCGAUGACGCCAGCAAGUCGAACGGAACUACCGCUGCUGCCACCCCCGCAGCCGAGAACGGCACCGAGGCGAAGACCGAGGAGAAGACCGAGGAGAAGGUCGAGGAAAAGACUGAGGAUAAGAGUGAGGAUAAGGCAGAUGCCGAUGAGACAGCCUCGAAUGGCGUUAAGCGACCGCGCGAGGACGAGACGGCUGACGGCGAGAAACAAGAAGCGAAGAAGCCCAAGAUCGAGAAGCCUCAAAGAUCGAACCGCAACGCGUACGGCCAGGUUGAGGAGCCCUACAAAUACCUCGACCCCAAGCACGAGGUCAUCCAGCACAUCAAGUCCUUCUACCACAUCUCCUCGCGCUUCCCCGAGGACCGCUUCAUGGUCCGUAACGCCACUGGCGAACCCGCCAAGGCCAUCUACUACACCUCCGCCCUUGCCCGCGACAUUCUCGCCGAGAACGAGGGCCGUGGCAUCAAGGUCAUCCACGCCGGUGUCAAGAUGUUCAUGAAGCAGGACGCCCCCUCCGCUGAGGUCUGCCGCUGGCGCAUCCAGUCCGAGGGCAUGCCCAUCCUCCAAGGCUACGUCGGUGAGGACCGCGUCGUGCGCCUCACCAACAAGGAGACGCUCCGCAAGCUUCUCAUUGAGAUGUUCCCCCGCAUCGCCGACGGAGAGUGGGAGAAGAUGGGUGAGAUUGGCGAGCGCAUCAGAGACAUUGGCAUGGGAUGCUGCGUGCUUCGUGUCGAGCCGGACGGCACUGACGUCGCGUUCGGUGAGCGCAUGGCGCUCCCUCUGUGGAAGAGCAUCCACUCCCUCAACCUCAUGCUUCCCAAGGAGGACCGCACGGCCAUGUUGUUGCGCAUCUUCAACGACACCACCCCGUUGAUCAACAACAGCCUCCAAAAGCAGAAGCAGAUCGACGAGGCGACCAAGGUCAAGGCUGCCGAGGACGCAGCGCUGGCAGAGCAAAAUUUCGUCGACAUCGAGGACGCACCCACCCCUGAGGAGAUGGAUGCUGAACCUUCUUCAACCGCCGCAGAGCCCAUGGCUGAGGACACAGAAAAGGGAAUCUAG